UCUAUAGUAAACACGUGCAUUUUUGUUUUGUUGCAAUGGGAAAAGUCCGGAAAGUAAAAACGCGGACGCCCUCCGGCGUGGACACCUCUGCGGAUCUUAUGCACGCCCUGGACGUUGAAGCGGCAGGCGAGGCGGAGGCUUGCGGUCCCAUCGAGGCGAUCUGCGUGCACCUGCAGCGGCCGGAUGUGGAGGACAAGCUGAACGGACUGCACUCCUUCGCCGUGCUGGCGCUGCGCAAGGAGAAGGUACGCGAGAUUUGCGGCAGCGAGCUGGCCCGGAUUGCGGCGCCUCUGCUGUGUGACAAGGAGGGCGCCAUCCGGAAUGCGGCAGCAGGUGCCUUCCGGAACUUAUCGGUGUUUGGCACGGAGGUGUGCGACUUCCUCGUGGAAAACGACAUUUUGACCGCACUUCUGGCACUGAUCCGGGGCUAUGAUCUGACUAAGAAUGGCUUCGAAAACGAACUUCAUGCGGACACCUACCUGCAGGCCAUCCAUCUGCUUCGGAAUCUUUGCGAGAGCUCGCCGACGGCCACAGAAGCCUUUAACCAGGCCAACUUCCUUCCCAUCCUGCUGCUGGGCUUCGACUAUCGAAAAUUCGGUCUGGAGGUUGCCAUUUCAGUGGCCCAACUGGUGCUGGUGGUGUCCGAAAACAACUCCAGCUCAUGGAACGUCCUGGCCAGCAGCAACAUACUACAAGAACUCCUGGGUGUUCCCGCAGAGAGUCAUGCGCAGCUGUACCUCAACGCCUUGGCUGCUGGUAUCCUAUGCAAUGUCCCCGCCUGCUCGGCCGCUCACACACGGGAAAUCCUGAACAGCCUGGACAAACUACUCUCCAUCGAUCCGCACGCCCAGCUUCUGAGUUGCAAAAACGAAAUUCAGAAUGCCAAAUCGAAAGAUGAGGCACCAGUGCUGGAGAUUUCCAUGGAGACGGAGGAGAUGACGGAAUCCCAGAGCGCUAAUCAGUCCAAACCGAAUCAAUGCGAUGCCGAUGUAGCACUAAAGAACCUGGAGCACUUGCUAGACGCCCAGCGCCUGGUCGCUGAGAUUAUCACCAACCUAGGCUCAAGCGAUGACCAAAGUAACUGGGAUUCAGACAGCAAUCAGUCGGAGACUGAGAGCGUGGCCGAUUACGAGAUGGAGGACGAGGCAACUGACAGUGGUGCGGGUGGAUUGCCCGCCAAUUUCUUGGAGACCAUUAAGCAGAACAAAGUGAUUGAGAAACUGUGGCAAAAAGCUCAGCCUUUGGAUCCUGCCUUGGAGAAGCUUGUUUCUCAGCAAGAAAGCAUCAAGGAUAAAGUAUCCAAAUUGCGUGUGUCCUAUUUGAUUUGUCUCCAGAACCUAUGCAACAUGCUGCCCGCAGAAGAUUUGGGAGGCUACAGCGACAUUUAUAAUAUGUGGAUGAACUUGGGCCAGCAGGCCUUUAAGGGAACCGAAGAUUUAACCGUAAUGGAGGCCAUCACCUCGCUAAUGCGCUCCUCCCUGAGUUUGCUGAAGGCGCGCAAGGAUCUCUUUGGUCAGAUGACCGAGAAUGACCUUAAUAUGAUAAUAGAAGGAGCGAGAAAAUGCGCAGAUUUAAAUAUCCGAGUUAACUGGAACAGAAUGCUGGGCACUCUGGGCUCCUUGCUGUCAGAGCCACUGGUUAAGGUAAUCACCCUUUAUAUAUUGACUUGGUGUGCUGAGGAGGAUGAUCUGUGGGCUCUGUCCGAAGGGCUUGAUGCGCUAAUGGACAUUUUUGCCGUGGAGGACUGGCCCCAGAUCAUCGCGGAGCUGGAGAUGUGCGAUCGCGUCCAGUCCCUGGAAGUGUUGUUCAAGUCAAAGCUGAGGCAGCAACGCCGCGAGCUGAAGGAGCGACGGGCCACCAUCUACACAGUAAAGACGAACUUUGGACGAUUCGUUUCCUAUUUAAACAAGAACUGUAAACAAUAAAAUGAACCUGACUACUGACCAC